AUGGCCACGCCAACAUACACUCUCUUCUUCGGAACAUUCAUCCACCUCCCCCGCCAAACAAGCCUGAACGGCCCUCAUACCCUCGAAAUCAGCCACGGCGUCCUCUGGGCAUCGACUGAUGACGGUAAGAUCAAGGGAUAUAACUGGGAUGUUCGCAGUGAAGAUGAUCUCCGGGAGUUCCUGGAAGGUAGGAAAUGGGGGAAUGAGGUGAAGGUGGUUCGCGCAAGGGAGGAGAGGAAUGAGUUCUUUUUUCCGGGGUUUAUUGACACGCACAUCCACGCCCCGCAAUAUCCGAAUUCCGGGCUGUUCGGGUCUUCGACGUUACUGGACUGGUUACAGAAGUAUACCUUCCCGCUUGAGAAAGCGUACGGGGAUCGUAAAGUACCGGAUAGUGUGCCCCCGAAGGCGAUAAUGGCCUAUAACCAAGUUGUCUCCCGCACGUUAUCGCAUGGAACAACGUCUGCAUGCUACUUCGCGACCAUCCACGUCCCCGCGACGAAUUACCUAGCGAGUCUGUGCCACAACCGUGGCCAAAGAGCGUUCAUCGGACGGGUGUGCAUGGAUGACGAAAAUACCUGUCCAGCUGAUCUUAGGGAUACUUCCGCCGGUGAAUCCGUGACCGCAACGAAAGCAAACAUCGCACACAUCCAAUCCCUCGAUCCGAACGGCAAUCUCGUGAAACCGAUUAUAACGCCCCGCUUCGCGCCCUCGUGUACAGAGCAAGCAUUAUCAGACCUAGGCGCGCUAGCAGCGGAGCACAAACCCCCGCUACACAUCCAAACACACAUCUCCGAGAACAAAGACGAAAUCGCCUGGGUCAAAGAACUAUUCCCCGACUCUGCAAACUACGCAGACGUCUACGAUAAAGCGAACCUGCUCACACCCCGCACAAUCCUCGCGCACGGCAUCCACUUGACCCCGCAGGAACGCGAGGUAGUCUCCGCUAGGAAAUCAAAAAUCUCCCACUGCCCCGUGUCAAACUCCGCCAUCGGCUCUGGCCUAUGCCCCGUGCGUGUCUUGCGUGAUUCCGGGAUAACAGUUGGUCUUGGUACUGAUGUCAGCGGUGGGUAUAAUCCUGGUAUUCUGGAAAGUGUGCGGCAGGCGAUUCUCAUCUCGCGGUUAUUGCGCCAUACAGUACGGGACGGGGAUACGUGCGAGAACGCAAAUACCGUGAAAGAAGGACGGGAGAAUCUUAGCGUUGAGGAGAGUCUUUAUUUGGCUACGAGGGGUGGCGCGGAUGUCGUUGAUAUGGGGGAUGAGAUUGGAGGGUUUGAGGUGGGGAUGUUUUGGGAUGCGCAGAUGAUUCAGCUCGGCAGUCUGAAACUUGCCCCUGCCGUUGCUUCUGGUACGGGCUCUCCUGAAAAGAGUGAGAACAGUGGAAGCGCAAGCAACGUCGACAUCUUCGGCUGGGAGAACUGGACGGAGAAGGUACAUAAAUGGGUAUGGAACGGCGAUGAUCGGAAUGUGAGCAAGGUUUGGGUUCGGGGGAGAUUGGUUCAUGAUCGUGAUGAGAAGGAGGCUGGGAAGGGUGUUUUUGGGAGGUUAUGA